AUAAAUAAAAAUAGUUGGUUCAAGUCGGUAAAAUAUAGCUUCACCGGAUAUUUUCUCCGGCUAGAAAAAAAAAAGAGUAGGCAUUGUGACGCAACGAGGAAAAUGAUGAAGAGAAAGCUGAAAUUCAACGGUAAAAAAGCCGAGAAUGUCGACAGGACGAGAUCGACGAGGGCUGCGGAUUUGAAAGAAGAGGUGAUAGAAUGGGAAAUGAGGCCCGGUGGAAUGUUAGUACAGCGAAGGAGUGAUAAUUCAAACGUUCCAAUUAUUCAGAAUUUGCAGAUUCGUGUGGCGUAUGGCGCUGCGCGCUAUGAAAUGGUGGUGAAUCCUCACGCCACUUUUGGAGAACUGAAGAAGCUAUUAACAGAAGAAACAGGGUUACAACCUGGAGAACAGAGAAUAAUAUGCAGAGGAAAAGAAAGAGAGAAUGGAGAAUAUUUAGACAUGUGUGGAGUCAAAGAUAGAUCAAAAGUCAUUUUAAUAGAAGAUCCAGAAAGCAAGGAGAAAAGAUUCAUACAAAUGAGGAAGAACGCCAAAAUUCAAGCCACGCAUCGACUCAUUAACGACGUCUCUAUCGAGAUUGAUAAACUUGCUCAACAGCCUUGCUCCUCAGCUUUGCUCCGAAGUCAGCCAAAUCUAUCUGGAGUUCAUCAAACUGCCUUUGAAGUUCACGCAAGGACUCGAUAUGAAUAUUCUUGUAUGAAUCUGGAUCAUCCAUAUUUGUAUGGAGGGACCUAUUUAUAAAUUAUUGUAUCUCAGAAAAAAGAAAAUUGCUUUAAAAUAAAUCUAACAGAUGGAUAAUCUGUUGCUAAAUAUAUUUCUUCUGUUAGAUAGCUUACAACAUACUGACAAUCUUUUGCAACAGAUGUAUAUAUCUGAUUUCUCCAACAGAUACAUCAUAUGUUGCAACAGGUUGAUCAUCUGUCGUAACAGAUGUCUCCAAUUAUUUGACAAUAUAAACGGAUGUGACAUAUAUUGCAACUAGACAGUCAUCUUUUUAUUCAAUUUAAGUCAAAGAUGGGCUAGGAAGAAUAAGGUGCGUGUAGAUGCAUCCACUAUCAUAUGUGUGAGAGUUAAGUAUGUA